UUUCUUCUCCACGGCGUUCUACGCGAAAAUGCGGGAACAGGCAGCAGCCGCGGGAGGGGCGGGUGUGGCGGGGGGGGCGUACCGGCCGGGGGCGGGGGCGGCGGCGGGGGGGGGUCCGUUCGAAGGGGUCAGAGUGAACCUUUUCGACAUAUUUCGGUUCAGUCCGGGGAACAGGGAGAACCUCGGCGUCCCGAAGGCACGGUGGCGGCAGAUCGUUGUCAAGGUGGAGGUUUCGCUAGAGGAGCUGCUGUCGGGGAUUGUCAAGGAGAUAAGCAUUGGCGACUCUAUCAUUGAGCGCUACAAGCAGGCGGCUCGUACCGGGCUGCUGUCGGAGGUUUUGCAGGAGGGGGCAGCUGUGUUCGGAGCCCUGCUGAUCAAGUGCCCAUUACCCGUAUCAGCGGUGGCGUUCGCGGCGUACGUCCACCUCAAGCUCCCGAGGGUGCCGCAGGGCGCCUUCAGGGUGCCGAUUCUGCCGGGGUACCGUAGAGGGACAAAGAUUACGUUUAGCACGCCGGACGGGGUGGACGUGACCUUCGAACUGGUCGAGAAGCAAAGCCAGUUUCGUCGCUCAGGUGACGACCUGUUCGUCAUGCUGCGGCUUUCUCCGAAGAUGGUGAAGCGAGGGUGCGUCGUCAAGGUCCCUACCCUCGACAAGGGAACGGCAAAUUUCGAUGCGGCUGAAACGGAGGGAGGCCAGGGACGGCUACGAGCGUCGCUUGCCAGGGCUGGGCAUGCCUCGUCGCAACGACGGCGGGGAGGACGGCAGCAGUAACCGUGGAGACCUGAUCGUGCACUUUAUGGUGCCACCGGAGGAAGAUUAGUCAGCAGUUGCACAUGCAGCCUGCUUUUCUUCCUAUCCCGCUCCAUUUCUACAGGGAACUGCUGGUUUGGGGGCGGCGUGACGUUUCUGCUAGAUGUCGCGCCGUGCACUCGUUCAUGUAUGAAGCCUCCGUUUUUUCUGGGUGGAUCCUCAUUAGACCAUGCCAUGCGUACCUGGCACCACCACGCAACACUUCCGGCCACAGCUAUUAUUUGAGGAGGGGCAUCGAAACAUUGUUGAGAGUGAUAGGGAGAGGUAGCGGUAGGAGCUUUUGUAUCUCAGCGAAGAAACGCUGAAACGGCGCAUAAACUCCCGAACAACACAGGGCUGUGUGCAGAUCACCUAUAUGACCCACGCACAUCUAGUGAGC